AUGACGAUCACAAAAGACCAUUGCCCAACCAUCGAACCUCCCAAAUCUACCUACGCACCGCACGCCCUCCGAAACAACUCCCACGGGACCGACCUCGACAAAGAAGCCCUUGAGCGGUUCAAAAUCCGCGAGAUCUGCGAAGGAUGGGGCAGCUACCGUGACGCAGCCGAAUGGCAAAACUACCUCAGCAUGUUCUUCCCAGACGCCUACAUAACCACAUCCUGGCACAGCGGCCCCAUCGACAGCUUCCUCCAAUCUUCGAAGGACGCCUUCGCCCGCGGCCCUGAAUUCAUGGACAUCUUGCACCGGAUGCUCGGCUGCGCGGUCGAGACUGACGAGGCAUUAACCCGUGCCGGGGGUAAGAUGAAAGUGACUAUCACGGUGCGGUUCAACAUUGAUGGUGUGGAGACGGAUGUUGAUGCUGAUUGUCGGUUUUUCUUCUUUCUGGAGAAGAGAGAGGGAAGGUGGGGAGUGGUGUUCUUCACUUUGUUGUUUGAUAAGGAUCGACUUGUGCCGGUGAAUCCGGGGUAUGUGCUGAAGGUGCCGGAGGAAGAGAUCGAGAGAUUUCCGAGUGGGUAUCGGUAUUUGGCCUGGGCGGAGGAAAAGGUGGGGGUGAAGGUGAGGGUGGAUUUGAAUGCGCAUGGACCGGAGAGGGAUGCAUUGUAUGCGAAGUGUAGGGGGUGGUUGGAGGGGAAGGAUGUGUUGGUGGGAGUGGAUGGUAGUAAUGGGCUUGGCUAG